AUGGGAUCAUUCCCAUGGUGGAAAAUUGAUAUUUUAAUCAAUUUAAGGACAGCUUCUUCCAUUAUCAAGUUUGCAGAAGAAUCUUCUUUGCAAUUGCAGUCAAUUGUCAUCGACGCUUCGGGCCAUCUGUUAGGCCGUUUAGCCUCCACCAUUGCCAAGAGCCUGUUGACUGGGCAAAGAAUAAUUGUUGUCCGCUGUGAGCAAGUGAACAUCAGUGGAAGCUUCUAUAGAAACAAGUUAAAGUACCUUGAUUUCUUAAGGAAGCGAACUAAUACUAAGCCAAGCAGGGGACCAUUCCAUUUCCGUGCUCCAAGCAGAAUUGUAUGGAGGACAGUUAGAGGUAAAUAUUUUAUUUUUUUGGUUGGUGUUAUUUUUGCUGUCUGGCUAAUAACUGUUUUAAAGUCUCUUAAGAAUGCAGUGGACCCCUUGAUUUAUUUUUCAAUUUUCUCCUAUGGAAGUCUUUUAUACAUAAUUUGUUUCCCAUUGCAGUAUUGUGUGCUGGGAAGACUCUCACAUGAGGUUGGCUGGAAGUACAAGGAUGUUCUUGAAACCCUGGAAGAGAAGCGCAAGGCUAAAGCUGCUGUGUACUACGAACAUAAGAAGAAACUCCAGAAACUAAAACAGAAGGCUGAGCAAGACAAAGCAGAUGAGCUGGAGUCUGUGAAUGAAGUGUUGGAAAGUUAUGGUUAUUGAUAGAAUCAUCAGCAGAAAUAAAAUUUAACAUUCUUGCACUGAA